GUUAGUGUAUUAAGCUUAUUACGAGACGAAAUAAAUGUUUAAUAAUGCCUUGCACCCAACAGGGUUUAAACGGCGGUCAGAGCGGUCCCGCUCUGCCAGACCUUCAGAUCAUCACCGGAACUCCAGACGUGGACAUGGCCUCGUUUUUUCUCACCGCUGCCUGUGUUGGUCACAUGACUGGAGCCAUACUCUGCGGCAUUAUUUUCACACGGAUUAAUCCAAAUGCGAUUCUCUUCAUUGCAUCUUUCCUGAUGGGGGUCGCAACAAUUGCUGUGCCGUAUUGUGAUAGCUACGGUUCCAUGAUUUGUAUCAGGAUUGCUUAUGGGUUCUUUCUAGGCAUCGUUGACACAGGCGGCCACGCGGAACACAUGCGACUGUGGGGUACAGAAGGCAGUGUCCUCAUGCAAGUCAUCCACUUUAUGGCGGCUGUGGGUAGUCUCGUCUCUCCUCUCUACACGGAACCGUUCCUAGCUCCGAAAUCUGACAAGAAGAGAACCAACUCCGCAGUGAGCCACCGAAACCUCACAGAGGGAACGACCGACACACAUUUGGUUCUAGAUAAUCUUAAUAAUGGUAGUGGGGAAAUUCUGAAUCAGUCACAUUAUUUAGAUAUUACGAGAACAUCUUUUAUUGUCACGACAGAAGACUCAUAUAAACUCGAGCAUCUUGCCUUACAAAAUGGGACUUCUGGUAUCCUCCUCGAUACACAAAUGAAUCAAAUGAACUCUUCGACAAAUGUGCACUACGCUUACAUGAUAACGGGAAUUUUUAUACUGAUCAUAUCCCUUCCUUUCUUGCUGUUUUGUGUCCAAAGCAGGCGUCAGAAAGAAGACGAUGUCCAAGAGAAAAAGAAAGAAAAUGCUACCGAGAAAGUAACCCAAAGAGAUCUCCCAAGAGCUGUGGUGUGGCUGCUUUUGUUUUCUCUAUGUUCCUUCUAUUUCGUGUACUGCUGCAUAGAAGACACGUUUGCCGUUCUGCUCAUGACCUUCUUGGUUGAAGAAUUUGAUUUUGUUACCAAAUCUCAGGGGGCUUAUGCAACUGCUGUCUUCUUCGGUUCAUUUGUGGUGUCUCGAUUUUUAUUGAUUUUCAUUUCCAAUAUUUUAUCCCCGAAAACUUUGUUGGCUUUCUGCUGUGUCCUGUCUUCAAUCACACUCGGCCUGUUUACCGUGAGUGCAUCCUUCGGGGUCCUCACAGCUAUGUUUGUGUUCAUAGCUUGUGCAGGCCUUGGCAUGUCCGCUGUCUUCCCUGCAGGCUUCUCCUGGUCUCACAGUGAGAUUCUCAGAGUCACCGGUUUUGUUUCCUCUUGUAUUCUCAUAGCUUCUUCAUCUGGCGCAAUGGUAAACCCCCUUAUUGUGAGCAAACUCAUGAAAGAAGUAGACACAAUGUGGUUCUGCUACCUAUUAUUGUGUCAAUCUAUUUUUCUGAUUUGUAUUUUUAUAUUUCUCUUAGCUGUCAAUAGGUAUGUUAACCAUCGAUAUGGAAAGAUGGAGGCAGAUACUUUUCAAGAAAUAGAUAGCGGUACUUGUCAAAAUAAGACAGAGCUCCAGGAGCCAUUUAUUUGUUCUCAGUCAAAUGUCAACUGCAACUCUAAAGCAAUACAUGUUUAAAUACAAAACUUAGUAGUGUCAUACAUCAUGUAUAAAUAGUAUUCUGGUUUCUUUAAAAAGUAACUUCAUUUUCAUAUACACAUCACUUUUUGUGACUGUUCCUUGGAUAAAUCAAAACUCAACAAAGACAUUCUGAUUGCAUUGCAAAUUUCUGCCCAGAUAUGUAAAGUAUAUUUUAGCUUUAAAAAAAUUUCUACUUCCCGUUCUAAAGUAAACUGAGAAAUCUGGAAUUCCUUGAGAACAUGGGAUUCAAAAUGUUAUUGAUGGAAUGCAUUACAAAUGCUUAAA